AUGAAGAUAUAUCAUGGACACUCAUACCACCCACAAGAAUGUUACGGAUGUUUUCAAUGGUUACUUCUUAUGUCAUGCGGCGCAGUGUAUGCAGUCUGUGCACUUAGCACCACUACACUUAGCUUCGUGCUACCAGCUGCGGAAUGUGACUUUCACCUCUCAUCCAGCGACAAGGGAAGGCUUACUGCCACCCCACUUAUAGGGAUGUGUGUAGGGUCGUACUUCUGGGGCAACCUCGCAGACGCACGAGGUCGUCGGAAGGCCAUCAUCGGAGCCCUACUCCUUGACGCUUUAGCGGCUUUCCUGUCAAGUCUCAUGCAGUCUUUCCCUGCGUUUCUUGCUUGCAGAUUCUUCUCAGGUUUUGGGAUAAUUGGCGCGACGGGGCUCAUUUUCCCUUAUUUUGGCGACUUUCUCUCUUUACGGCAUCGUGACGUGAUGCUGUGCAGGCUUGAAGUUUUCUGGACUUUUGGGACUAUUUUAUUACCAGGUAUUGCCUGGCUGAUCAUUCAGGACCCUCGAUUCAACCUCACAUCGGAAACCGCUGACUUCCAAUACACAUCCUGGCGGGUAUUCGUCGCAGCCUGUGGCGUCCCCAGUCUCUUCGUGGUGCUAUUGCUGAUGCCCUUCCCAGAAAGCCCCAGAUAUCUUCUCUACGCCAACAAGACAGAACAAGCCUUGCAAGUGCUGCAGAAGAUAUUUGUUGUGAAUACAAAGCUUACUGAAAAAGACUUUCCUGUGGAAUCAAUGUUGGCCUGUGAUGGCGAAGAAGAGGAGGUGGUGACUGCAGACACAAACGGCAAUGAAACAAAGACACCGAUGACAUGGAACCAACGAUGGCAUUCUUUCUGGAGUCGAAAAAAGAUGCUCGUCACGCCGCCAUACAUUGGAAUGCUGGUUCUCUGCUGUUUUGUUGAUUUUGGACUCAUGUUUAGUUACUACACAUUGAUGAUGUGGUUCCCGGAUCUAUUUGAGAGGUUCAGUCAGUUCUCAUCUCUGUACCCUGAGGUCUCAGCAGGGGUCUGUGAGGUGUCUGCUAAUGUUACCAGGAGUGAAUUAUUGGGUAAACAAGAAUGUCCACAGGUGAUAGACGACAAAGUGUACAUACACACAUUAAUUGUGGCUCUGAGUUGCAUACCCACUGCAUUGUGGGUCGGUCUCACCAUCAACAUGGUGGGGAAGAAACUUAUGUUAGUUAUGAUGCUUAUAAGUUCUGGGUUGGCUGCUCUUGGUCUUAAUCUGGUGCGCUCCUCUCUGGAGAACCUUAUCCUAUCCUGUGUCUUCGAGGCUAUUGUGAGCUGCACUGAAGCUGUACUUUUCUGCGUUAUUUGUGAGAUUUUCCCCACUAAAGUCGCCGCCACGGCGAUGGCAGUGACCGUGAUGUGCGGGCGUGUGGGGGCAAUUGUGGGCAACGUGGUGUUCGGGGCCCUGGUCGACCAGCACUGCAUUGUCCCCAUUUAUAUGUUUGGAUCCUUGCUCAUUACGAGUGGCUUACUUUGUACAAUACUACCGAAGAGCACUCGACCGGAGAGGCCGCAUUGA